GGUCCUGGCUGGAGGGGGCGUCCAUGUCCCUGUUCCCAUGGGAACAUGUCCCCCAGCCCCUCCGCUGCCUCCAGCUGUCCCCGUGUCGUCCUGGAGCUUCCCGAGUGUCCCUCUGGGCCGGCCUGGCCGGGCCUCCAGCUCAUUUUGAGCAGGGGCUCCCUGAAGGUCCGAGGCCCUCCUGCCUCAGCGUCCAGUGCUGGGAACAGCAGCCGCGGCUCCCCGCUCCACCGAGCCGGCCCAACCUCUUCUCCUUGGUGAGUAUCGCAGUGUAGAAUCAGCCAUGACGGCUUCCUGCCCACGGAUCACUUCCCCAGUCCCCUGGGCGCCUCCCCCGGGGGCGACCUCGCUGUCAGUCAGGAGCCUUGGGUGCGGCGCGGACAUGGGGACCCACGUGUGGGCUCGGGCAGCCGCUGCCAUCCUGCUGCAGCUGCUGCUGGGGGACCCGACGGCCCCAGAGGACACAGGAGCCGGAGAAACUCUGCAGGUUCAUAUCAUCUGCUUCAACUUUGAAAUGGUGCAGGUGACCUGGAACAACACCGUACCUGCUACAGGGACCAACCUGACUUUCUUCUACAGGUUCCAGGACGACCAGCCGUACGCGCCGUGCACCCGCUACCUGGUCCGGUGCGGCCUCACGGCCGGGUGCCUCGUGGAAGGGGGCGACCGGGUCUUGGACUUCUGCCUCCACAACGGGUCGCGCCGUGUUCUCGCCAUGCAGCGCUGGGUCUCCGAUUACCUGAAGCCCAGGGCCCCGCGAGACCUGCGGUUCCUGUGGGGACAGGACGCUGUCACCGUGACGUGCCCCGGCCUGCCCUACAGUGGGCUGCUCUACGAGGUGCAGCACAGGACGCCUUACGACGGCGGGUGGCAGUCCAGGGUGGCGGAGCUGUGCAACGUGACCAUCGAGGGCCUGGACCUGGGGCACUGCCACUCCUUCCGGGCCAGGGUGCUGACCCAGGCGUCCUCCUACGGCUCCGAAGCAUCCCCCAGCGACUGGUCUCCGGUCACCCACUGGCAGGGAGCUGCGCCCCGAGAUUCCUGCCUGCAGUGGCCCCCGCUGCCCAAAUGGCCCCGGUUCUUCCUGGUGUGCAGCCUGGUGUCGCUCCUGACCGUGGCCCUGCUGCUCCUGGCUGUGUGCAAGGCGCAGAGGGUGAAGAGGGUGCUGAUGCCCAGCGUGCCGGACCCCAAGGGCUCCUUUCCCGGGCUGUUCGAACACCACCAGGGGGACUUCCAGACAGCAGAGGAGAGAAACGCGUGGGAAAUGUUCUGCCAUGCUCCUCCAUGCUGCCACGGGCCCUGUGGACGGACGGACGGACGGACGGACGGAUCGCACGUGAUGUUGCGAUGCACAAGGCAGCCCUCACGGAAGAACGGCGCAGCCCCCCGAGAGAAUGAGUGGAUCACCGACACCCAGGACGUGGCCCCAUGGAAGAAGCCGCCGAGCGGGGAGCAGGACCCUGGGUCUGAGCAGACGCUGGAGGUCCAUGUGUCCAGGGUGGACGCGGAGCUGCCCCUGGUGACGAGGCCCCUGUCCCCACACACAAGGGAGGAAGAGGCCUCCGUGGGCUCCGCGCAGCACCCUCCCCGAGACCCCCAGGGUGGCACCGUGGUCUCUCUUGCGGGCUUCACGUUCAUGAUGACGGACAACGCCUACAUGAAGCUGUGAACUGCGAUCCUCCGGCCUCGGCCUCCUGAGCGGCUGGGGUGACAGGCAGGCACCACCACACCUCACUCUCUUGUUCACUUUCCUUCUGCAGUCCGUGGCAUUGUACCCAGGGGGCAGCAUGGUGGGGAAAGCGCUCUACCCCUGAGCUUCGCCCUGAGCUCUUUGAUCCUCUUUGCUUCUAUUUGGAGACCAGCUCUCUGGCUAAGUGGCCCAGGCUCACCUUAAACUUGAGACCCUCCUGACUCAGUCUCCCGCAGUGGCUGCACCACAGACGGGCACCGGUCGCUCCUUCCCCUGUGAUGUGACCCCCAGCCCCGGGUGUGGCCCCGCAGGAAGGACGAGGCAGGCUGCUCUCUCCGGAAGCAGCGAGUCAGCGAUGCUCUCUCCCCUCCCGGGGCCCUGCAGUGUGCAUGUCUCUGUGCGCCUGCAGGCUCAUGCGUGUGUCGGCGGGUGUAUGCAGCUGUGCAUUUGUGUACACACGUGUCUGUCUGUGGCGUGAUGAGUGCCUGUGUGUGGGGGGGAGAUGCACGAACGCCUGGAGGUGAGGCCAUAGCCGUGUCUGUGUGCGUGCGUCUGCAUCUGGGUGUAAGCGUGUGCACGUGUGUACAUACAUGUAAGCACACAAUAACCGAAACGCAUAGCUGAUAGGUGUUCUGCAUGGUUUUAAUUUACCCUGGAGCUUUUGCUGACCUCACCGCAGUGCCUGUCUACGUUAUUUGCCCUGGGUCCGCACACGAGAAGUCGUGGCUGCACCUCAGGCCUGCGCAGUGGUCCAGCCAGACGGAGUCGACGUCGUCUUCGUGUCUUAGCCCCCGGGUGGUGGCCUGACUGGAAGCAGGGCCCUGCAGAGGGAAUCGGAGGAGGAUCUGGGGACACGGCCGUCCUGCCUCAGCCUCCCGAGUGCUGGGCCCACAGGUGCCACACUUCACCAGAGGCUUUGACCCCCGCCCCGCUGUGCCUUUCUGCUGUCGGUCUCUGUCACUUCCUUCCUAAGCCUUUCGGGUCCUUUCACGUCUCUGUCUCCGGUCCCUGCCCCUCUGGGAGGGCUCCUUGUUGUAGGGGGACCCUGUCUCCGUGACACUCAACCCGCCGGCCACUCUGCCUCCAACGGAGCCCCGACGGCCCCUCCCUGCCUCCUGAUUAACGAACUCGUCAGUUAAUUGAGAGGGACUGGGGGUGGAACCCAGGGCCUUCGCUCCGAGCUCCGUCUCCAGCCCUAUUUAGGUUUUCUUUUGAGCCUGGUCUCCCUGAGUCACUCAGUGGCCCAGGCUGGAGAUUCUCCUGCCUCAGCCUCCUGAGCACUGGGAUCAAAGGCAUGCGCCAACCUCGUCUUGGGAUCUCAAGGCUGGGGCCUGCGGGUCAACACUGAGCCCCUCACAGGGCCAAGUGGCGCAGCCGGGUGACAGCAACGGCUGCUCUCAGUGUUCAUGCUGUGGUUUCCUGUCCCCUGCCCGGGGCCGGGACAAAGCCCUUUGUGCUCGCUCUGCACAACGCACCUGGGGUGCUGAGGAGAACCGCGUCAUCCUCAGCCCUCGGACCGCAGUCGGACUCGGGGUGGGCUAAGUGUGUGACCCCAGCACUCCAGGAGGCUGAGGCAGGAGGAUUUCGAGUUCCAGCCCAGCCCGGGCGGCUUAGCAGCUCAGCGAGACCCCGACUCAAAAUAAAAAAUAAAAGCAGGCUGGGGAUGGGGCUCCGAGGGAAGGCCCCAGGGUCAAUCCCCAGCGCUGCAAGAAUAAAUACACACAAGAUAUUCUUUAAAAGGCUGCGGUGGCGCACGCCCAUCACUCCAGCACUCUGGGAGGCUGAGGCAGGAGAGUCUCCAGUUCCCGCCCAGCCUGCACAAUUUACGGUCUCAGCGAGACCCUAUCUCAAAAUCCACGGUGGAGAGAGGAAGGGAGGCAGGAAAGAAAUCAGGCCCGAGUACCAGUUGUCACACCCGAUGUUUGGUCUGGCUUGGGAGGGGCUGCCUCAGUUUCCCCAAGUUUCUCGGCCUUCCCCAGGGGCUCCGGCUGCAGAUGCUGUAAAAGUUCCCAAUCGGACAUCCCCUGCGGGUCCUCAAAACGAGCCCCCUCUUGCCCUGCUGUCCCGAAGGCAGACGAGACAAGCCGGGGCACUGAGGGUAAUAAACUGACUUCCAGAGCCUGGGCAGGGAUCAGCUCGCUGGCACGCAGCAAUGGGCUCGGCUCCACCCCGAGUGUGAAGGUCCGAAUGGAGACAAACUGACCAAAGGCAGUGGCGCCAAGCCUGGCCCUGCCUGGGGCCCAGUGGGCGGCUGUAGGCCGGCUCUGGGUCCCUGGUGCGAGUCCUACAUGGCAUUGGGGGUCCUCCUGCCUCAGCCUUCUGCCACACCAGGCUAAGAAACUGAAUCUCAGUGGGUCCCGUACUGUGGCAUCUGACACAGACAGCGGGCCUGGGCCGGGGACAAAUGGGACGCACUUUAAGCUCAGCGUCCCGCUGCGGAUAAACCUGUGCCUCCCUUACAUACGGAAGCUGUGAAGGACCUCGCGAAGCGGAGUGAGGGCCCUUCCUCCGGUGGGGUGCACACGUCCAGCAUUUUACGGGGACAAAUCCUGACUUGGACACGCAGGGCAACUCUUCACGAGGCCCGACUUCCAGGGCAAAGGGAAUUGAUCCAGGCCGGCCUUGCGCUCACUGUGGAGCCCAGGCUGGCCUUCGACUCGCAGCGAUCCUCCUGCCUCAGCCUCCCGAGUGCUGGGAUGACAGGUGCGCCCCACCACGCCUGCUCUAAGCACAGCCACAGCGCCAGCCAGGAAGCAGCCUCCCGCUGCCUUAAGAAGCCGUGCUCCCGGCUCCCGUGACCCCGUGUCCCACCGACUGCACUUCGCCUCCGUGAGAGAAACCCUGACCCCAGACUGCCCGGCGCCUGCUGGUAAAAAUAUGCAAAACCUGCCACUUCCUGGCUGAGCCUCCAGCAGGCUUCGGGCAGGAAAUAAAGAGGAUUGAUGAGUUGUGGAAAA